GAGUUAAAGGUAUAGGGGUGGCGGCCAGCAUCCGAGUGCUCCGAUAGAUGACAUAUAUGACCUAGGCCCAAGUAUAUAUAAGUCGACCAAGAAGUUCCCUCAAGUCUUGGUACUCUCAUCUAUUCCAUUUUCUUGAUUGUCCCAGCCCAUUUUUGGAUAAGAUACACUCCAAACAUGCCCAACAACAAACUCAGCGGAUCCCGCAUCCUUGUCGUCGGGGGCACGUCAGGCAUUGGCUUCGCCAUCGCACAACUCGCCCUGGAAAGCAAUGCAAACGUCAUUAUCGCCUCCUCCAGCACUUCAAAGAUCCAGGCGGCCAUCAAGCGUCUGCAAGAAUCCUGCCCGGACUCUACAGCAUCUAUUGCCGGCCACCCCGUCGCCCUGGGCGAUGAGACAGCAGAAGAGAACAUCAUCAAACUGUUUGAAUACGCGACUUCGCCUUCGCUUUUUCCUCCCUCUGGACAAGAAGGUGACAGUAAUACUGAGGGAAAGGACAGAAUCUUACUCGACCACAUAGCCUUCACGGCUGGCAACAUUCCCAACCUCCACCCGCCUACAUCUCCUUCCAUCAAUAAAGCCUACAUCAACAGCAUUGGAGAUGUCCGAGUCAUCGGCGCGGCGUUGCUCGCUAAACACUCCCAGAAAUAUCUGCGCCAGUCUCGCUCGUCGAGUAUCACGCUGACCAGCGGCGCAAACGUGGACAGGCCCCAGAAAGGGUGGACGUUUGGUGCCAUGAUGAGCGGUGCUACAGAGGGGAUGGCGCGUGGCCUAGCCGUGGAUCUGGCGCCAGUCAGAGUGAAUGUUGUGUCGCCGGGAGCUGUGGAUACGGAGAUUUUCGAUAGAUUUGGGGACAAGAGGGAAGAGUUUAUGAAGAAGUUUGGGGAGCAGACUUUGACGGGGUCUGUGGGGAAGCCGAUGGAUAUAGCAGAGGCAUAUGUCUAUGCGAUGCGGGACUGGAAUUUGGCAGGCGAAAAGAUUGGGAGUAACGGGGGGCGGUUGCUCCAUACCUAGGUACCUAGGUAGGGAGUCUUACUACAUGCAGCGGAAGCC